ACCUACCUAAGAAAAGCCUCCAUUUUUCUUCUCUGAAUUUGAGAAAAAUCCGGGAAAAUAAAAGGGAAAAGGAAAAUGAAUCCGACCCGAACCUGUUUUAGUCUGAUACGGACUCUCUGCAAACCGACCCACCACCCUCUCCUCUACCUCCGAGUUGUCUUCUUGUUCGUUCCCACCUGAAAAAGUUAACCCCAAGAAGCAGAAAAAUCCUUAAUUUCUUCUAAAGCAAAGAAAUCUUAUUUUUAAUCUUUAAAAAUGGCGUUGUUUCGAUCGAACAAGAACAUCUUUAGCUUAACAGAAGAUCUACUCGUCCGAGUCCGUGAGAAACUCGCCACCGAGUCGGAUCGGAAAUCAUUCCGACUUGUUUGCAGAGAGUUUCACCGAAUCGACUUACUGACUCGGAAGCAUCUCCGGGUUCUCCGAAUCGAGUUCUUGCCGAGUCUUCUCCAGAAGCACCCCCAAUUACAAUCUCUCGACCUCUCCGCUUGCCCGCGCAUUGACGACCGGGUCGUUUCCUUUCUCUUAACUCGGGUGGGUCCGGGAUCGAACUCGCCGGGUUGGGCGAAUUGGACUCGGGGACUGAAGUGUCUGGUACUGAGUCGAACGACGGGGUUGAGGUUCACGGGUUUGGAGAUGUUGGCACGUGCAUGUCCGUGUUUGAAGAGUGUAGACGUGUCGUAUUGCUGUGGGUUUGGAGACAGGGAAGCAGCCGCGUUGUCGUGCGCGGUUGGACUGAGGGAGCUAAAGAUGGAUAAGUGCUUGCAUCUGAGCGAUGUCGGAUUGGCGAAGAUCGCCGUCGGGUGUUUGAAGUUGGAGAAGUUGAGUUUGAAGUGGUGUAUGGAUAUAACUGAUCUCGGUGUUGAUCUUUUGUGUAAGAAAUGCUUGGAUUUGAAGUACCUUGAUGUCUCUUAUCUCAAGGUGACAAAUGAAUCACUUCAUUCCAUUGCUUCUCUGCUGAAGCUGGAGGUUUUGGGUUUGGUGGCGUGCCCUUUAAUUGAUGAUGCUGGAUUACAGUUUAUUGGGCAUGGAUGCCCUUUACUAAGGGUAAUUGAUGUAUCAAGGUGCGAAGGUGUGAGUUCGUCUGGUUUAAUCUCUGUCGUUAGAGGCCAUAGUAAUCUUCUGGAGCUUAAUGCUGGUUACUGUCUUUCAGAGCUUUCUACAACCCUUCUCCAUUGGAUAAAGAACUUAAAGCACCUUGAGAUGAUCAGAAUUGAUGGGGCUAGAAUUUCUGAGUCUAGCUUUCCAGUCAUUAGCACCAAUUGCAAGUCAUUGAUAGAAAUUGGUCUCAGCAAAUGUGUGGGGUUGACCAACAUGGGCAUAAUGAGACUGGUAUCUGGCUGCAUUAAUUUGAGAGUCCUAAAUCUUACAUGCUGCCAUUCCAUUACUGAUGCUGCAAUUUCUGCCAUAGCUGACUCAUGCAGAAACCUUGUGUGCCUGAAGCUAGAGUCUUGCCAUAUGAUUACUGAGAAGGGUCUUUGUCAGCUUGGAUCCUCUUGCUUGCUGCUGGAGGAGAUUGACCUAACAGAUUGCUGCGGUGUAAAUGACAAGGGACUUGAAUAUUUAUCUAGAUGUUCACAACUAUUAUGCUUGAAAUUAGGACUUUGCACAAACAUAUCAGGCAAAGGACUCUCCUAUAUUGGUUCUAACUGUACAAAGAUUCAUGAACUGGAUCUAUACCGGUGUUCUGGUAUUGGUGAUGAUGGUUUAGAGGCUUUAUCUAGAGGUUGCAAGAAGUUGGCAAAACUCAACUUGUCAUACUGCAAGGAAGUUUCUGACAGAGGGCUAGGAUAUAUUGGUCAUCUAGAGGAACUUUCUGAUUUGGAGAUGCGGGGACUUUUUAAAAUUACAGGUGUGGGUUUAGAAGCAGUUGCAGCUGGGUGUAAGAGGCUCGCAGAUUUGGAUUUGAAACACUGUGACAAAGUUGACGAUUCAGGCUAUUGGGCACUUGCCUACUACUCAAGGAACCUUCGACAGAUAAAUUUGAGCUACUGUGGCAUAUCUGAUAUAGCAUUGUGCAUGGUGAUGGGGAACUUGACACGCCUGCAAGAAGCAAAGCUUGUGCACCUGGGCAAUGUCACAGUUGAAGGGUUUGAACUUGCACUUAGAGCCUGCUGCAUCCGGAUCAAAAAGGUCAAGCUACUUGCCCCUUUAAGGUUGUUGCUUUCAUCAGAGAUUCUUGAAACCCUGCAUGCUAGAGGUUGCAUCAUAAGAUGGGAUUAGAUGACUUUGUCUUUGAAGUAUCUAAUGAUCGUGAAUAAACCCCUUGUCCACGGGUUAGGAAAGAGUUUUGCCUUUAAGCUUUCAGGUGCAGAAAGGAGCAAUUAUGUUCCUUAUUAUUUGACUAUCGUUUAUAUUUUGAUUUAGCAUAAUAAGUUUAAGUUACUACCGCCCAGAUUUGUUUCGACCUUGGUUUAUUUAUUUGUAUUUUGACUGGAUUAUUUGACUCUCGUUUAAGUAUGCUGGUAUGAGUCAUGAUAUCUGUCAUAGCACAAAAUAUCAUAAUUUGAA